AACAUACAAAGCUCCUUCCUACCUUUUCCAUUUUCCCUCCCCUCGCCCUCAACAACAUCAUGGUUCCCCGGUACCAGGCACUUUUGGACCCAGAUUCCGAGGAUGCGGACGACGAGCGCUCCUUCUCGGAUGCAGACGACGACGAUUACCCGUGCAAUGUGCCUCCGCACUUGCAACGACACCCCUUGACCCCAACACCGCAAUUCAUCGGCCAGGAUGUGCGGACCACGUCUCGGAAGGAGUUAAUGGGGUGGUACUGGUACGCAUGGGCAGCAGAGGUCUUUGUCGUGUGUGGUGUUGGCUCGUUUAUUCCCGUCACCCUCGAGCAGCUGGCCAGGGAGAACGGCGUGCUGUUAUCGGAUAAGAGCACCCCGUGCGGGUCGUCUUCGGGGUCUGGGCCGGGGCUGGAACCCGGGGCUGGCGGUAUCGAGGAUGGGCAGGCUGGCCAAUGCGUUAUUUAUUUGUUGGGCUGGGAGAUGAAUACUGCUUCCUUUGCCAUGUACACUUUUUCGCUUUCUGUCUUGCUUCAGUCUCUUAUUAUUGUUUCUAUGUCUGGCGCUGCAGAUCAUGGAGCUUAUAGGAAGCGACUGUUACUCGCGUUCGCCGCUCUUGGGAGUCUUGCUACUAUGGCGUUUAUCACGGUUUCUGCAAGGUACUACCUCUUCGCCGCGUUGUGGGCUAUCCUUGGGAACAUCGGUUUCGGAGCGUCCUUUGUGCUACUGAACGCUUUUCUCCCAGUGCUCGUACGGCACCAUCCGAAAUUGGUGUAUGAGGAACCACUCGUUCGCACAACGACCACAAUCAGGGUCCGGUCGCCGGAUAGUGAUGAGGACCAAUCGUUAUUGGGGUAUCAGGAAUCCUUAAAUGAAGACGGGAAGAGUAGCGGGGCUUUGGCGCUGAGCACCCAGAUAAGCAGUGUCGGAAUCGCUGUUGGGUACACCGCUGCGGUUAUACUGCAAAUAUUUGCCAUUGUGAUUGUACUGUUGACUGGAUCCACCACUUGGUCUUUGCAGCUUGUUCUGUUCUCUAUCGGAGCCUGGUGGUUACUAUUUACCAUUCCUACAGCAGUGUGGCUGAGGCCGAGACCUGGUCCACCUCUUCCGCCACUUCCUCGACCGCCACUGAACGGGUCUCCCCCCGGCGCUACGUUAUUGGUUAUAGAUGAUAGAAGCUGGUGGGGAUAUGUCAAGUACGCCUGGGUAGGGCUGGGAAAGACCAUCAUGAGGGCCAAAAGACUCAAGGACGUCAUGCUAUUCCUUGCGGCCUGGUUCCUUGUGAGCGACGGAGUAGCCACUGUCAGCGGCACAGCCGUGUUAUUUGCGAAGACUAAUCUCAAAAUGAAACCAGCUGCCCUAGCUCUUAUAUCUGUUAUAUCGACGAUAUCAGGAGUAGGUGGAGCCUUUGCCUGGCCAAAGAUAGCCCAAACGUUCAACAGAACCCCCGGUCAGACAAUCCUAAUAUGCAUAUUGGUCUUCGAGUUCAUCCCGUUGUACGGCUUACUCGGCUUCAUUCCCGCUGUCCAGCGCUCUGGCGUCGGCGGGCUAACCAGCCCUGCGGAAAUGUAUGCCCUAGGUGCAGUCUACGGAUUUGUGCUAGGGGGGGUAAGCGGUUAUUGCCGCAGUGUUUUCGGAGAAUUAAUACCCCCCGGCUUCGAAGCGGCCUUCUAUGCCCUCUAUGCGGUAACCGACAAAGGCUCCAGCAUCUUCGGUCCGACAAUUGUUGGGGCCCUAACAGAUCACUACGGGGACAUCCGUGUGGCAUUCUGGUUCCUGGCGGUCUUGCUCGCGCUACCUAUCCCGUUGAUCGCAGCCGUGAACGUUGAUCGGGGGAAGCACGAGGGGAAGAUACUUGCCGAGGAGGAACUGAAGAUUCCCUUACCAGGUCCUCCCUCUUCUCCUCCUAAUGGCGUUGUAUAGCGACUGUCGAUGUUGGCAUUGGGAGGUUUACUGGCGGGAGGGGGAUGUUUGUGCAUAAGUUACAGUGACUGCGUUGAAGUGUUGGCGUAGAGCUUUUCUUUUUUUAGUUUCUAGUUUUAUUGCCCUUUCCCCUUCUUGCUUUUUUCUGUCGUUUUCUCCUCCGAUCAGGCUCCUACUCUUCUAUUCUCCUUGCUCUGCCGCUUGUUUGUUCCUCACGCAGUUGUUUUUUGC